AUUCACAAGCAAAAUUGAAUAUUUACAAAUGAUAAGUCAUGAUAAAUGCAACGCAGCCCUACGGGGAGCACAAGCCAGUGCAAACUGUAGGCCCGUCCCAAGCCCGGAUAAAUUGCGUCAGGAAGGGAAACCAGCUUAAAACUUUGCCAAACAAAUAUGAGCGUCCGUCCAAAGAAAGAAAGUCUAUGACACAUGCGCAAGUCUGGAGCGGCAGAGAAGGAUGUUGGAAUAAUACAGGACAUGUACGAGGGCAGCAGAACAGCGGGGAGGUGUGACGGACGAAUUGAAGGUGGAGGUGGGACUGCAUCAGGGAUCAGCCCUGAGCCCCUUCCUCUUUGCAGUGGUGAUGGAUAGGCUGACAGAUGAGGUUAGACUGGAAUCCCCGUGGACCGUAAUGUUUGCAGUUGACAUUGUGAUCUGCAGUGAAAGCAGGGAGCAGCUGGAGGAACAGUUAGAAAGAUGGAGGCAUGCACUGGAAAGAAGAGUCAUGAAGAUUAGCAGAAGAAUGAGUGGGGUAGUGGGGGAAGAGUGAGGCUACAGGGAGAAGAGAUAGCAAGAGUGGAGGACUUGAAAUACUUGGGGUCAACCGUCCACCGCAAUGGUGAGUGUGGCCAGGACGUGAAGAAAUGGGUCCAAGCAGGUUGGAACGGGUGGAGGAAGGUGUCAGGUGUGUUAUGUGACAGAAGAGUCUCUGCUCGGAUGAAGGGCAAAGUUUAGAAGACAGUGGUGAGGCCAGCCGUGAUGGACGCAUGAGAGACAGUGGCACUGAAGAGACGACAGGAAGCAGAGCUGCAGGUGGCGGAAAUGAAGGUGUUGAGGUUCGCUCUCGGAGUGACCGGGUUGGAUAAAAUUAGAAAUGAGCUCAUCAGAGGGACAGCCCAGGUUCGAUGUUUUGGAGAGAAAGUUAGAGAGAGCAGACCUCGAUGGUUUGGACACGUCCAGAGGAGAGUGCGUAUAUUGGUCGAAGGAUGAUGAGGAUGGAGCUGCCAGGCAAGAGAGCUAGAGGAAGACCAAAGAGAAGGUUGAUGAAUGUCGUGAGGGAAGACAUGAGGGCAAUUGGUAUUCGAGAGGAGGAUGCAGGAGAUAGGCUUACAUGGAAAAGGAUGACGCGCUGUGGCGACCCCUAAAGGGACAAGCCCAAAGGAAAAGAAGUCGUCGUCAUGAUAAAUGUACACACAACAUUAAAAAACGUGUUACUUGUGGAUAUAUUUGUGGAUUUGCAAAACACGUGCAUAUCAUUUUGAGAAAUAUCCCUCCCCAUAGACACGGACAUGGAAGCCGACUCCUGAGUUUCGCCCCGCAGGUCCGACGUUGCUGCUCGCCAAUCACGGACCGCGACUACUCUGUCAAAUGGGACGUUCGUUCGGAUGUUCGUCAUUGGUUGGCUUCAUCUGUCGUUCUACGGCUAACGUGAAAUGAGCUAUGUGAUUGGCUGGCCUGAACGUUGCAUCUACGAGUAGCGUAAACGUGAUCUGUGCAUGAAGUCACGAGCAGGGGAAAUCUAUAUGGUUGAUUUAGUUGAUUUUUGAGCUACAGUGGAAUCUUGAUUUAACGGUCCCCGAUUUUAUGGACUUGGGAUUCAACGAACAGAAUAUAGGGUCCAGUUGAAACUAAAAAUCCUUCCCAUGCACCAGCAAGCUACGUUCGGAUAAAUAUUAAAAACGGCACGGUGGACAACUGGUUAGCACAUCGCCACACAAUUCUGAAGAACCAGGUUCAAAUCUGGCUCCUCUGUGUGGAGUUUGCAUGUUCUCCCCGCACCUGUGUGGGUUUUCUCUGGGUACUCCACUUUCCUCCCACAUCCCAAAAACAUGCAUGCUGGGUUAAUUGAGAACUCUAAAUUGCUUGUAGGUGUGCUUGUGAGUGUGAAGGCUUGUUUGUCUCUACACUGUAUGUGCUGUGUGAUUGGCUGGCGACCAUUUGAGGGUUUAACCCGCCGAAAUAGGCACCAGCACGUCUGCGACCUAUCAGGAGGAGAAGCAGAACGGAAAAUGAGUGACAGCGAGCGGACUUACGGACGUUGUCGGAGGGUGUCUCCGCAGCGAGGCUCCUCAUUGCCUGGUCGCAGCUCUCACCGCGACGCUCACGGCCGAGAAGAGCUCUCUCGUCGUGGGAGGAGAUCCGGUCUGGCUCGCAGCACAGCCCCCCAUGCAGCUCACAAGAACCAGGACCACAAACGUCCAGAGUUUCCUGCCAGAUCAGAACCUCCUGCUGGACCAAGACGUGAAGCACCAAAACCAGAACCGGGAAGUGGAAAGUCACUCGUUGAGAAAGCAGAGGAGUUGCCGAGGAACAACGUGGACGAGCGUUCUCCUCCGGUGACAGCGCAACAGAUGCUCCGCCCCUGCAGCAGCGGGGCCUCUCUGUUGAGAAUGCACCCUGUCACCAUGGAAACGCAGAUGCAUCCCAUUGCGAUGGAAACUGAGUACCGCUGCAGCUUCCAGGGUCGGUCUCCGCCUCGCGGGCCCCGCCUGCGGAAGCAUUUGGAGCGUCGCCAGAGAGUUCCGCUCUUCCACACUCGCACUGUACACGCACAUAGUCUGAAGAUGAGGGAGGAGUCUGACAAUAUGCCCCACCCACAACAUGCUGGACCCACCCACCAGAGGAAAGCCACGCCCCCUCCGCAGGUUCAUCGACGACACAGGAAGCUGACUGAAUAUGAAGCCAGCUUUCCUUGUCCCCCGUGUGGAGCGGCGGGCGAAACCCCUCAGGUGGCGCUGUUGAGACAGAAGGCAUCGUGGUACCGCUGCCGGGCCUGGGGGACCAACUUCUCCAGACAGCACCUGAGCCAGCUCACCUCCCAGCACAAUUUCCUUUGGGAGCCCAGCACUGAUGCUCCCAGCCCCCGACCCACCUCGGAUCCCAGACUCACCCCGGACCUCCGCAGACCUCCCUACGUGGAGGCUCUGGACCUCGCCAGCUGCUCCACUUCCCCGUCUGGACCAGCAAACCCUGCCCGUGGCGGGCCAGUGGCGCCGUCCACAUGUUGCAAGACGAUCUGGGCGGCAGAAGGACAAGAGUACGAGGAAGACGAGGAUGGGGUGGAACGCUCGCCCACUCCUGAGAUGGUCAGCAGACCGCUUCACAGAACACAUUUGGAUGUCACCACACCUGCCACUGCAGGGGGUGCCAUCCUGGUGGGCAGGUCCAGUUCAGAAGAAGCUUUUCAGAGGCGUGGCGCUAGUGUUUCCACAGCAAUGGACAAAGCGAACGCCGGGCUUAUGCCAAAGGGGGUGUUGUGUCCUUGUAGCCCCGCCCUCCUCCACCGGCCCUCUUCUGCUGCGAAGUGUCGACCAAUCCUGUCCAGGCUGAGCCCGGCGGCCCCGCCACCGAUGCACGUCAUCCGAGGACGGCUGAGACAUGCUGAGUUCCAACACAACGGUGAGCUUGGUCUGAGGUUCCACUCGCACCAAGGUUUCGGAAGCAACUUUCAUCCUGACGAAGACGAGCGUCUGCGGGUGAUGUCGAGCCGCUCGGCGGCGGCGUGUUCGGCGGCGGUGGCCAUGCUGGAGCGCGCGCAGACGAGGGGUCGGGAAUUCUGGGGGAAGAGCUGAACCCUCCUCCCUUAAACCAACCAACCAAUAAUGGACUUUUACUUUGACCAAUAAAACUUCUCGUCCUUAUUCUUUCUGCUUUGAUUCUUAAUCUUUAUUCUUUUUAUUCACACUUAAAAAAGGAUCUUUAAUUCUUAUUCUUUAUGCUUUAAGCUUUAUUUUUCUCUACUUUUAUUGUAGUUUAUACUUAAAUUAUUCAUUAUUCUUCUUUACACUAAGUUGUAUGAUUUGCACUUUAAUUACUGUUUUAUCAUGACUUAGUCUUCUUAUUUUAACUUACACAAUUCUUGUGUACACUUUAUAUUUACACUAGUUCUUAUUUAUUCUUAUUGACACAUAGUUACUAUUUACACUAAUUGUCAUUGUUCACUGUAAUAUGUACUCUAAUUCUUAAUUCCCAUUAUUUGCACUUUAAUUCUUAUUUUUUGUACACUUUCUUGAAUUCUUCACUAAUUCUUUUCACACUAAUUCCCCUAAUUCAUUUAUUCUUAGAUUUUAAUUAUCAUCAUUUGCCCUUUAAUUCUUAUUCUUUACACUGUAAUUAAUUUUCUUUCUUCUGGACUAAUUUUUUUGGGACUAAUGUGAGCAGGUGAGUAAAAAGUCCACCCGACAUUACUUCCUGUUCCCCUCAUAAAUAUCCUUGUUCUUACCAGCUCGUGAUGUCACUUCCGGUUACGUGCUGGGAUGAAAACAAAAAUUCGAUGGAAGUCGUCUGGAACGCCGCGCUUGUCUCCCGCCGCCGUCUUGGUGCCGCCGUGCUGCCGCUGCUCCUGAUUGGCUACGUCUGUCCUGGGGAG